CGGGGGUGUGACUGUGACUGGUGCCGGGACAUCGCAGUGAUCGCAUCAGAAACAUCGCUGUCCCCGGACUGUACAGACGCAUCGCUGCGGGCUCUCAGCCGCAGCUCCCGGUCCUGCACCUGUACCGAGCAUGCGGGCGGCGCUGCGGGUGUGCGUGUGGGUGCUGGCGGCGGUGACGCUUGUGGUUGGACGUUAUAUCCCAGAGAAUCCAGAGGAGCCGGAUAACGGCCUCGCUCACAACCGGACCCUGCGGCACACCGAAUGCUAUGAAGACGAGUACCCGUUGAAAGGGAAUUGCUGUAGGCUUUGCCCAGCAGGUACACGCGUGUCUCAGCACUGCACCGUGAACCACGCACGUGGAACUUGUCAGCCUUGCACUCUGGGGAAGGAUUACACAGCCGGACCCAGCGGACUGGAACAAUGCCUCUUCUGCCUCAGAUGUAGGAAAGAUCAAGUUCUGGUACAAGAGUGUACAACGAGACGCAAUGCAGAGUGUGAGUGCAAGCCUGGGUACUACUGUCUACCCGAGGAGCCGUGUGAGGCCUGUACACGCUGCUCAAGCUGUCCCGAAGGACAACGCAUUAGAGAACGCUGUACGGCCACGAAAGACACGAUAUGCGAAGACUUCCCUGGAACAGAGACAACCACCAGUAAGAUCGACGAGAAGACUCAGCGGAUCGCGCCAACAGCCUCUACGGGUCAUCAGACUGGAUCCCAAGCAGAACGUGACACAAGGGACCAGAACAAUGGAAGAGAUUGGUACUGGGAACCCAUAGUUGGAGCUGUUGCUGUAGCCAUUGGUAUUUUUCUUGUGCUGGUUUUAUACUAUACUAAGCCCUGGCGCCGAGGAAAAAGACCAAACAAUGGGAGUGAGAGCUCACUCGUUGCCACGACCGCAGAUCCCAGCGCAAACUCUACGCCGCUAAUUGAAAGAAACAUUAACAGGACAGAAGAGCAAGUCCCAGAGGAAGUACAGCUUGUGGCAAAUGAACAUGAGCCUGCGCACCCUGAAAGUGACACUGCGCAGAUUGCGGAAUCUACUGCACCAGCAGCUGUGAGUAAUCGCGGAGGUUAUGAAGAUUCCGAACCAGUUGUGGAUGAUGUGGAUGACGAGGAUGAAGAAUGUGAAGAGAACAUGGAGCGGCCUUGCAGAGAAUGUGAUCAGCCCCCAUUUUGCGACUGCCAGUGGACGGAUUUCAUAUACAUGAUUGUUGAGCAUGUGCGCACCGACGCCAUCGUCCGGCUCAUAAGACAUCUACGCCUCAACGAGAACAAAAUAGAAGAAAUUAUGAGGGACUAUUCCAAAACCUCUGAGCAGAAUUACCAACUGUUCAUGGCUUGGAGGUACCAAGUUGGCAAACAAGCCGACAUGGCAAAGGUUCUACGUAUUCUAGACGACAUGGGGCUGGGAGGUUGCUGUGAAAAUGUUUUCAAUUGCUUAAGAAGUAAAAAGAUCCCAAUUAGCUCGUCCUGGAGGAACUGCUGAUGGUCUGUCAAGCUCGGACAUUCCUGCCGCGUGGUAUUUGGUGCAAUGAAGGGUUACGGUUUAUGACGGAUUUUGUCUUCCGAGAAGGCAACACGUUCUCUCAGUGGCUUGGAGAUUGAUGAAGAUAUUUGAUUGGCGUCUUUACCCGACAAUUACUACACUGCUGCCACACAAAACGCAGUAUGACAUGACUUGUACAGAGGUGUCCUUUUCUACUGUUGAUUUAUUUGCGCCAACCCCCCACCCUUCGCUCUCAGCGCAGCAUGUCCCGGGUGCGUCUCCUCUGCACCGAGUGUCUUUAUCAAUGGGGUGUGCAACAUUUGUGCUUCCGUGUGUGACUGAAGGCCUUAUUCUUGUUUGUAAGGAAUUGCAAAGCCGCAAGGAAGCAGAUAAGCAAUUCCGUGUAAAUAAAAUGCAAAUUAAAUUUGCGAGAUCACAGUUCUGCAUUUGAGAACGCAGCAUUGAAUCACCACCGCGAUGGUUUUAGGCACUGGUCAGCCUGUGUAAGCUGAAGGUUCCAGACACCCAGGUCCAGGAGGCCUACGUUGGAUGAUGCAGAACCUGGACUAGACACACCCCAUUUUGAAAAAAACAUGCUGGGUGCCGCCCCCAUCCCCACAACGCUGCAGCAUGCCAAUGAUGCGGUGGCUGAAAGUGAUCUGCGAGCGAUAUCGCAAGACCUGUUCUCCAUAUACACGGAACGGGUCUUGUGCCUGCGCAGAGUCUGAAUCUGUGUGAGAAGGACUCCUCACGCCAAGUCCUGUUGUGCUUCAUCUGCAACUUUGUGCGUGUGUUAAACUAAUUCCUGUGCGCUUAAUGUUGGAGCUCUGCGAGCGGCUUUUCAAUGCGAGUAAGGAAAAACACGGUACGCUACUCAUCUUGCAGCGUCUCAGCUUCACACUCGUAUGGUGCAUGAAUGCUUAGUGAGGACACGCCUGUAGAAGGGUUUUCUGAGGGUAUAUUGUGCGUUGACAGUCAUAGGCUGCUUGGUUGUCCUGCCGGCAGCCAUUUUACAAUCUGUGUAUUAUGAGAUUUAAGCUUUAACUUGGCAAAGAAUGACCACAAAUUCCACUCCAUCACAGCCAAGAAUAAAGGCCAGAUGGUGCCUACACGAACAAAGUGGGCCAGGGGUUUUAUUUAUUUUAAACUGGUGCAAAUGGGCAGUGCCAAACAUAAUGCAGUCACAAAACUAGUGCCAAAGAGGACGUUACGGAGGGGACAUUAAAAUUCCAAACAUUUUACCUCAGACUUUCUCCUCAGAAACGGCUUUAACACUUUUUUUAUACAUUUCCGUGCUAGAAUUUGGUCUGUUCGAUAUCAUUUGUGGCCAUUUUAACUUAACGGGGUCUAUUUACUAAGGUCUGAGUUUCAUAGAAGUUGCGAUGUUGCCCAUAGCAACCAGAUUUUAGACUCUUUUAUCAAGCACCUCCUAGAAGAUAAUGGCUAGAAUCCGAUUGAUUGCUACGGGCAACAUCUCCACUUCUAUGAAACUCACACCUUAGUAAAUAUACCUCUACGUCUCAUUUAAGUAGUAAAUAACUAGGCUCUCCUAAUCCUCCAGCUGCUGGUAGGCCGCAUAUAACUAUGAGUAUAUAUGGAAAUAGUUAAUGUACAGUAUGUAGUACUGAGAGUAUUUAGUGCCUUUACAUGUUUACUUUACAUAAUUGAGCUGCAAUUUAGGAGAAACCGAGAAAUUCAUUAACGAGUGACGCCACUGGCGCCGUACGUACCUCGGUUGACUUUCCCUCCUAAGAACCUGCAGGAAAUGCAUUGCCUAGGCCAUCUAGGCACAAUUGCACAAAGCCUUUUUACAUGGCACGAAAGAGAUAAAAACCAAAUAUACUUGACUAUGGUGUUCUUCAAAUGUUCAAUAUAAAAUGCUGCCUCAAUGUCAAGCCGCAGGGUGAAAACAUGGUUGAACAAAGUACGAUGCUACGUAAAUUUAAUAUAUUAAUUUAAUUUGUUUUACUUAAUUCCCUAAAUGUAUUUAUGCUCCAAGGGGUUUCUAGGGAUGUAGCUCACAUGAGUUAUUUAAUGAGGAACUGUGAACCAUAGGUCACCAUUAGAAGCUGAGUGACGUUUUGGCGGUAUUUUAAGUGCUAUGACUUUACACAGUGAAGGCAGCCAUUUUGUGGAUAGAACAGAUAUUUGUGUUCACCAGUGAUAUCAUUUAGACUAGGCACCAACAUCUUCCCUUCGUUGCCUCAAACAACUGGGUUGGUGAAUUGAUGAGCUGCAGUCCCAGAAAAAGUUUUCAGCACACAAAAUGGCUUCUUGGUUCUACAAAAUGGCUUCCUCACAAAGUGCCUUAGUAAUGUAAUAGUAACAAGUCCUGCCAUUUGUCAUGGAAACUAAAUAAUGGUAUGCAUUCCUAUUCUUAUGGAAUUCUCUUAUUUAAAAAGUAUUUAUUGUUUUUAUUUAUGAAACUGUAUUAUUGCACAUACUGUACCAAGGGGGCCUUUAUUUCUUGCACAAUGAAGAAAAAUUAUAUAGAUUUUUUUUUGUAACAGAGCUAAAGUCGCACGUUGAAGGGUAGCAAACAUCCAAAUCUAUUUGUUAUGUACUUUUGGUAAAAUGAUGGUUUUUGUUUUGUAUUUUUCAGCGUCAUUGUAACUUUUUGUGUUUUUGUAAAUAAAUGUUAUUUUCAUUAUUGUUGAA